UUGACCCCGCUGCCACAAGUACUAAGCCAAUUUAGACAGUUUCCCGUAGCGGUAUCAGGCGACAUAAUGGAAAUGUUCCAUCAAAUAAAAAUUCGACACCCCGAUCGCCAAUCGCAACGUUUUGUGUACAGAAACAGACCGUCAGACCAUAUGCAAGUAUACGUUAUGGAUGUAGCGACAUUCGGCUCAACGUGUUCGCCUGCCUCGGCACAAUACGUAAAAAAUUUGAACGCACAAGAAUACAUAGAAAAGUUUCCCCGAGCCGCAAAGGCGAUAAUUGAUAACCACUACGUAGAUGAUUAUCUGCAGAGUUUCACCACGGUAGCAGAAGCUAUAGAGGUAACGAAAGAAGUAAAGCACGUACAUUCGAAGGGAGGAUUUACGCUUCGGCGAUUCCUAUCUAACUCCGCAGAAGUGCUGAACAGUAUUGGAGACCCCGCCGAAGAGACCUCUAAAGAUCUGAUGUUGGAAAGAGGAGAAAACACCGGAUCGGUCCUAGGAAUGAAAUGGAAGAUAAAAGAAGAUGUCUUCACAUUCUCCUUCUCCUCAAACGAAAAUAUACGACAUAUUCUCCGCGAACAUCACAUUCCCACAAAACGAGAGGUUCUGAGGGUGGUAAUGAGUCUGUUUGAUCCCAUGGGACUAAUAUCGUUUUUCCUCGUACAUGGAAAAACUCUUAUUCAGGAUAUGUGGGUAAAGGGUAUUGAAUGGGACGACCAAAUACCAACCGACUUGUGUCAACGAUGGGGGGAGUGGAUAAAACUACUACCACACUUAGAAAAAUUACGCAUACCGAGAUGCUAUUUUCGUUCCCCAUACCCCGAAAACCUUCAUGAUCUGCAACUGCAUGUGUUCGUAGACGCAAGUGAAACCGCGUACUGUUCCGUUGCCUAUUUUCGGAUAGAGAUUGAUGGAAUGAUUCAUGUUGGGCUUAUAGGUGGAAAAACUAAAGUAGCCCCUAUAAAAACCAUCUCUAUCCCAAGGCUCGAGCUGAAGGCGGCAGUCCUAGGAGUUCGAAUGUUAAACGUUAUAAGAGAUAAUCAUUCCUUCCCUAUAAAACGCCAUAUACUUUGGACUGAUGCGAGCGUGUGCUUGGCGUGGAUACAAUCAGCAAAUCCUCGACGGUAUCAACAGUUCGUUUCGGUACGGCUGGGGGAAAUUCUGACAUCAACCGAACCACGAGACUGGAGGUGGGUGCCCUCGAAACAAAAUGUGGCCGACUUAGCGACUAAGUGGAAUAACGGGCCCGAGUUGACGAUGGACAAUCCGUGGUUACGUGGCCCCUCCUUCCUACACGAAUCUGAGGCACGAUGGCCGGCAAAACAAUCAGUCUCCGAUACCGAUGAAGAAGUACGAGCGACACAUCUACAUAUUCGACCAGUGAACCCACCAAUCGAUCUAGCGCGGUUCAACUACUGGAGGAAACUUCUUAGAUCUGUUGCUUACGCUAUUCGGUACAUAGAAAAUUUGCGGCGCAAAGUGUCCGAUACACCUUUGGAGGUUGGAAUACUCAAGCAGAACGAGCUGCGUAAAGCAGAAUUGGCGCUAUGGAAGUUUGCGCAACACGAAGCCUUCCCAGAAGAGGUGACGAAACUGAGCAAGACACUUGGAGGCCCGGACGAACGGCACGGGAAUGUCCGCAAAUCCAGUCCUAUCUAUAAAAAGUGGCCCUUCAUGGACGAAGAAGGUGUACUAAGGAUGAGAGGACGGAUCGGUGCAUCAAUCUACGCUACCUUUGCAGCUAAGUACCCAGUUUUACUUCCCAAAAAUAAUCACCUUACGUUCCUUAUUGUCGGUUGGUACCACUACCAGUAUCGACAUGCAAACAGAGAGACAGUAGUGAACGAAAUACGCCAAUGCUUUGACAUCCCCAAUCUACGAGCAUUAGUAAAGAAGGUAUCCGAGGCCGCCACCGAUGGCUUCCCUCCCAAAAAUGCGCCUGGCAGCCUUCACCAAGCCGUUUACCUACACCGGAGUGGAUUAUCUCGGUCCAGUACUAGUGCGUGUAGGUCGAGCUAAUGCAAAACGUUGGAUAGCACUCUUCACGUGCUUAACAGUGAGGGCCGUGCACU